GUCGUCUUCGUCACGCUCCUUUCUCUUCUUCAGUCUCCUUUUUUAUUUUAUUUUUUUUCUGAGAUUUGCUUUCUCUGCUAGAGGAGACUGUAACAGUACGAGGAGCUACUUUUAACUGUUUUGUCUACAUACAUUUCAAAUUUGCAAUUUACUUUCUUGAGUUCACUUAGAACUCAAGAUUUAGCCUUUUUUUUUUCUUUCUAGGGUUCAUUGAAACAAUUUUGGAUCUUGAGUCCAUUAGCUGAAAAGACCCGACUUUGAUUACUGGGUAUAUUAUAAAAACCCGCCAUUGUUGUUUCUCUUUACUACUUUGGGGAUUUAGGGUUUACGAUUUCUAGUUGGUAGAUAAAAAUUUUUGUUUUUUUGAGAAAAGUUUCCUUUUUUAAAAUCUCUUAAGAGAGUUGUAAUUUAGGGUUUUAAAUGCAUGGAUGGGAGAGAAGCUAUGGCAUUUCCAGGCUCGCAUCCUCAGUACUAUCUUCAGAGAGGAGCCUUUACCAAUCUUACACCUUCCCAAGUCGCGAGUGGGUUUCACGCGCCGCCGCCGCCACCUCCCGGAAUGAGGCCAAUGUUAAACCCUAACAUUCAUCACCCUCAGGCUAGCAAUCCGGGGGCUCCUUUCUCUAUGGCUGAGCAGCAGAGGCACUCUGAUUUUGGGCACAGUAUUCACAUGGGGAUGGGUUCUUCUGCGGCGGUUCAGCCGCCUCUGUCGCAGCCUCAGCCACCGCCGGAUACACCGAUGGUUAAGAAGAAACGUGGAAGGCCGAGAAAGUAUGCUCCUGAGGGACAAGUUUCUUUAGGGCUUUCUCCAAUGCCUUGUGUUAGUAAGAAGUCUAAGGACUCUUCUUCAAUGUCUGAUCCUAAUGCACCUAAACGAGCCAGAGGUCGACCCCCUGGAACUGGAAGGAAGCAACGUUUGGCUAAUCUUGGUGAGUGGAUGAAUACAUCAGCUGGAUUUGCUUUUGCACCUCAUGUCAUCAGCGUUGGAGCAGGAGAAGACAUUGUCUCGAAAGUUUUGUCAUUUUCACAGAAAAGACCUCGGGCUCUUUGUAUAAUGUCAGGCACUGGAACGGUUUCUUCAGUCACUCUGCGUGAACCUGCUUCAACAGCGCCUUCCUUAACAUUCGAGGGACGUUUUGAGAUUCUAAGUUUAGGUGGAUCUUAUCUGGUGAAUGAAGAAGGUGGAUCCAAAAGUCGAACAGGCGGUUUGAGUGUCUCUCUUUCUGGUAUUGAAGGUCAUGUUAUUGGUGGUGGAAUUGGAAUGCUUAUCGCAGCCAGCCUCGUUCAGGUGGUAGCUUGUAGUUUUGUAUACGGAGCAAGUGCAAAGUCCUAUACUACCAAUAACAACAAGACCAUCAAACAAGAAAAAGAACCAAAGGAAGAGCAAAACAAUAGCGACAUGGAGACAACACCAGCUAGUGCACCAGAACCAGAAGCAUCGGCGGGUCAGCAGACGCCACAGAACUUCUCAGCUCAGGGAAUGAGCGGAUGGCCCGGUUCAGGUUCAGGCUCAGGCAGAUCACUUGACUCGAGUAGACCUCUACUCACUGAUAUUGAUUUGACUCGUGGAUGAUUCUAAACAAAAACAUUAUAGUCUUUCAUCCUAUCACUACCCUUUAGUCUUGGAAGCAGCAGCAGCAUACAGAAUGUGAGUGCUGUAAAUAUCUUUGUUGUUGUAGAUUUAUCUCUCUGGGAAUGUUAAAACCAGACAUUUUAAGGAUUUGAGACCAGAUCUCUCUCAGUACCUUCUAACAUUGUUGAAUUAAAUGUAACAGAACCACCCCCACUUUCAGGCUUUUUAAGGAGAUGUUUUAACUA